UUGUACGGAUUCCCUUACCCUGCGAUCUUGAAGCCCUCCCAAUUCUCUUCAUGCCGCUAGCGACACCAAAGCUGCCAUUUGCGACCUGUGCGAUUUACCUGCAUGUCCCAAAGCGCCGGAUUUCCAAUGGCCUCUCUGAUUCCUUCGCAACAACUUGGCCCGCGGACUUGUUCCCUUUGAAGUAGCAUUCCACUAAGAUAAGAUCUAUGUUAGGCUUGGCUGAGAUGGUCACAUAUUUGCCCAUCUCCUCGCCCUUUAUCCGCUUUGCAACUCGAUAUGUUGACGAGGCCUUUGGCGUCGCUGCCGGUUACAACUUCUUCAUCUUUCAAGCCGCAAUGGUGCCAUUUGAAGUUACAGCGUGUAACUUGAUUAUCACCUACUGGAGCGAUGCCGUCCCUGUCGCCGCAAUCAUUGUAAUUGUGCUUGUGCUCUUCGGGCUACUCAACAUCUUUGCAGUGAAGUGGUAUGGCGAAGCCGAAUUCUGGCUUUCCCUGAGCAAGGUCUUGCUUAGUGUGGGCCUGAUUUUCUUCACAUUUAUUGUGAUGCUCGGAGGCAACCCUCUCGGCGAUCGCUUUGGAUUCCGCUACUGGAAGAACCCCGGGGCUUUUGCCGAAUACUACAAGACUGGAGAUCUGGGCCGAUGGCUCGGGUUCCUUGCUUGCCUCAUCCAAGCCAGUUUCACGAUUGCCGGUCCAGACUACGUCUCUAUGGCUGCCGGCGAAGCAGUCAACCCUCGCAAAAUCUUGCCCAAAGCGUACAAUGGCAUCUUCUAUCGACUCACCACCUUUUUCGUUCUUGGUGUGCUUUGCAUCGGUAUCUUGGUUCCCUACAAUGAUCCCGACCUGGCUGCUGCAUAUGAGCAAGACCUGCCUGGUGCAGCUGCAUCACCGUAUGUUGUCGCCAUGGACCGGCUGAAAAUCCCCAUCCUGCCACACAUCGUCAAUGCCAUGGUCCUCCUCGCUGCUUUCAGUGCCGGGAAUAGUUACGUCUACUGCGCCAGCAGAAGUCUGUACGGUCUUGCUCUGGAUGGCAAGGCCCCGCGCAUUCUCACCAAAUGUACAAAAACCGGUGUGCCGAUAUACUGCGUCUUGAUUGUGUUCGUGUUUGCACUGUUGUCUUUCCUACAGGUCUCUAACGGUUCAGCUGUCGUGCUGAAUUGGUUUGUUAAUCUUGUGAGUCCCUUUCUACCCUCCGCUUCAUCUACAGGAACUUACCACACUAUAAAUCAGGUUACUGCAUCCCAACUGAUCAACUUUUCCGUCAUCACCUUCACCUACACCCGGUUCAGAAAAGCCCUCAUGGCACAAGGUGUCCCUCGCGCGUCCCUCCCCUAUCAGAGUCGUGGCCAGCCCUAUGUCGCGUACAUUGCCCUGGUCUCGACUUUCGUCAUGACCUUCGUGGGCGGCUACACUGUCUUCCUACCCGGCAACUGGGACAUUCCGACUUUCUUCUUCUCGUAUACCAUGAUCGGGGUGUUUCCAGUUAUCUACAUGGGAUGGAAGCUCUGGCAUCGUACAAAGUUCCUGAGUCCCAAGGAAGUUGAUAUCGUCACUGGAGUAGAAGAAGUGGAAGUUUAUACCAGGAAUUAUGUCGAGGAACCAUCGAGUAACGCUUUCACGAGAUUCAACGAUAUGGUUUUCGGUUAGACCAGCAUCAUGAGACAACGUAUAGAGAAAAUUUGGGAGGCUUUUUGGAUAGAAGUUCAUAUCUCGUUUCUUUCCAUAGCAGAUGAUACCAGAAAAAGCUUUGAAGAUAAACAAUGAAAUCGCUACAGCGUAAUCCGAACCGAACAAAU